AGUAGUAAUAAUAAAGAAAGAAAGGAAAAAAUGAAAAAAUAAAGAAAAGCAAAGCAAAGCUAAACUGUAUAGUCAUAUAUACUGUCAUCCUGCCUGCUAUAUGUUCAGUAGUUGCCGUUCUGCUACAUUUCUAGACCUUUACCUUUCAUAUUUGGCAAUCAAUUUCUCACACAUAUAAUAAAUACUCUUUUAAAUCUUUAUAUUCAUAAAUAAAUACUGGCAUAAUUCCAGGCCCCAAAAUUCAGCUGAUUCUAAACAAUCUGGGUUAGAUCCGUUUGUCAUUAAUCUUCUACAUUCAGCAUUCUUUCUCUAUGUUUAUUCUGCUGAAUAUAUAUAAAGGCUUAUGCUAUAGAAUUUUUGGCUAAAAGAAGGAAAUCUGAAACAAAUGCACAAAAAUGAAAAGGAUUCAUGAAAAAACAAAGCUUCCAGAUCACAAGCAAAUGCUCGAGAUUAGUAAGUUAUCAAACACACAUUGUAGUUUAGUAAGAGAUGACGUUAAUCAGUCCAAAGGACACGAUAACCGUCAUCCUGCAAUGCCUGUGUCUGUGAGGACAUGGAAGGGGAAAAACUCGUUGCAUGAUAACGACGAGAUUAUGUUAGAUAUGUUUAUGUUAAAAGAAAGUGAUGAAUCUUUAGAUGAUAUUGGGUCUAUAUCUUUUUCUGGAGCUAGUCAUCCCCCGGAACCGGUUGAUAUUGAUCUCAUGAGUCCUGUAUGUGUGCCCAUUGGCCAAAAGAAACCGCGUGAGGCUACAUCUUUAGUCAAAAGCUUAACAACGAAUGGUCCGUUUUCAGAGGAUCUUUCGUUGCGGGUUCCUGGGAGCAAACAAAGCCUGCCUGGUCUAUUGCCUCCCGAGAGCUUAAUGGAAAGCUCUCCUUUACGUCAAGAGUUAGAGAAGGAGAUCAUUUGGGAUGCUUCUUUGCCUCCUAGUGGUAAUGUAAGCCCGCUUAGUAGCAUUGAUAGUACUGGCAAAGCGACGGCUAUGAGUGUUGGGAAUAGUUGCUGCACGAGUGUCAAUCGUAGUGAUGGGCUCGCAAGUGACGGGAUGCUUAGUGUCGAUAAGUGCUAUGAAAGUACAAAAGGGAGUACUCGAGGGGAUUCACUGGAAAGCGAGAAAACGAGUGUUAGUAGGGCAAGUGAUAGUAGUGGGCUAAGUGACGAUAGCAACUGGAGUAAUUUUACAGGCAGUGCCAACAAGCCUCACAAAGGGAAUGAUCCUAGAUGGAAGGCCAUUCUUGCCAUUCGGGCCAGAGAUGGGCUUUUGGGUAUGAGUCAUUUCAGGUUGUUGAGACGGCUAGGUUGUGGUGACAUUGGUAGCGUCUAUUUAUCUGAGUUGAGUGGAACCCGUUGCUAUUUUGCAAUGAAGGUAAUGGAUAAGGCAUCUCUUGCUAGUAGAAAGAAGCUGUCCCGAGCCCAAACUGAGAGAGAGAUAUUACAGCUACUUGACCAUCCGUUUUUACCGACUUUAUAUACCCAUUUUGAAACGGAUAGGUUCACUUGUUUGGUAAUGGAAUACUGUCCUGGAGGUGAUCUGCACACUUUAAGGCAACGUCAACCUGGAAGACAUUUCUCGGAACAUGCAGCAAGGUUUUAUGCUGCUGAGGUUCUAUUAGGGCUCGAGUAUCUCCAUAUGCUGGGAGUUGUAUACAGAGACCUGAAACCUGAGAAUGUGCUGGUGCGUGAUGAUGGCCACAUAAUGCUGUCUGACUUUGACCUUUCUUUAAGAUGUGCAGUGUCACCUACCCUCGUGAAAUCUUCUUUAAAUUGUGAUCCUUCCAAAAGAAAUUCGUCAUGUAUUGAGCCCACAUCAGCUUGCAUCCAACCCUCGUGUUUCCUCCCACGAAUUUUCCCUCAAAAAAGCAAAAAGAGAAGCACUUGGAAAUCUCGAGCUGACUUGACCCCACUCUUUGGAGCACUGCCUGAACUUGUUGCUGAACCAACUGCGGCACGGUCCAUGUCGUUUGUUGGGACUCAUGAAUACUUGGCUCCAGAAAUUAUCAAAGGAGAAGGCCAUGGAAGUGCUGUGGACUGGUGGACAUUCGGGAUUUUUCUACAUGAGCUGUUAUACGGUAAAACACCUUUUAAGGGAGCAGGAAACCGAGCCACUUUGUUCAAUGUCGUUGGGCAGCAGUUAAAGUUUCCAGAAUCGCCGGCCACUAGUUCUACAAGUCGGGAUUUAAUAAAAGGAUUGCUUGCAAAAGAACCACAACACAGGCUUGGGGUCAAAAGAGGAGCUACAGAAAUCAAACAACAUCCCUUCUUUGAAGGCGUGAACUGGGCUCUGAUUCGUUGCAGUACCCCUCCUGAAGUGCCUAUACCUAUGGAGGUGGAACCACCUCCUGUGACUUUACGGGCACCUGACCCAAUUGGAGCAGGCAACACUAGUAAACCAAUGGCGGGGAAGGAUGCAAAGUCUGGGGGUAAUUAUCUGGAUUUCGAGUUCUUUUAACUCCCUUUGAAUCAUCUUAAUAGGAUAUUUAUGUUGUUAUUUAUAAUCUUUGUUUGAUCCCACUGGAAGCCGCUACGAGGCGCCGUGUGAUCACUGUAAUAUUUGGUUGUACGUGUGCUAGUAGUAGUAAUAGUGUAGUUUUUAUUAACUGAAAUGAAUUAUACAUGCUCACUUUCAUGGGGUG